CCGGCUCCCUGGCUGUGGCGCCAGAAACCCGGAACCACUGCCGGGCUUGCCAGAGUAGGAUGGGAAUCCAGGAGAUGGGGAGACAAGGCCACUGGAUGCUGGGGGGUGGGGACUUGAUGGUGAUGGAGGAGGUAGGGGUGACUUCUAUUUCUAUCUGGUUCUCGUCUGGGGGGGCCCUAGCCGGGCAGCCCCCCCACAUCCUUCCUGCCCUGAAACACGGCUCUAGCCAACUUGCUCCGCUGCUUCACCUGCGACCGUCUGUGUGGGGGCUGCACGGCGCCAGCCCCUCCUGCCCGCCAGGGCAUUGUCCUCCAGCCAGUCAUGCCCAGCUGUGACCCUGGCCCGGGCCCCACCUGCCUCCCUACCAAGACUUUCCGCAGCUACCUGCCCCGCUGCCACCGAACUUACAGCUGUGUGCACUGCCGUGCACACUUGGCCAAACACGAUGAGCUUAUUUCCAAGUCCUUCCAAGGGAGCCAUGGCCGAGCCUACCUGUUUAACUCUGUGGUCAACGUGGGUUGCGGCCCAGCAGAACAGCGUCUCCUGCUCACGGGCCUCCACUCGGUAGCCGACAUUUUCUGCGAGAGCUGCAAAACCACACUGGGCUGGAAAUAUGUAA